AUGCUAGAGUGCGCUCGCGUGAAGGGUCCGUGUUCUGUGAAGACUGUUCCUGAUCCGCCGCCCUGUCCACCACCACCGCCACCACCGUUCCCUUGGAUAUAUGUUUGGAGCUUGGCUUCUUUCUUUGGCAUAAUGGGCCUGAUUUACAAGUUUUAUCUGUGGAAUCAAGAUCGCCUAAGCCAAGGGGAAAAUGUUCCAAUAUGGCGGCCCCGUCGCAUCAUCAAGCGACCAUACCACGAACAGGACUUACCGCCCUGUGUUCAAUAUCUUAUCAUCGGCGCUGGGGCGGCAGGCUGGGCUGCUUACAGGGCCAUCAUGGAGCACGACAAGAAAGCGAAGGUAUUCUUCAUAUCCAAAGAAGACUGUUUACCGUAUCGGCGACCUCCAAUGUCAAAGCACAUGUGGUGGAAUCCAGAGCCGCCGGACAUAAAAAAUCUGUACUACGUUGAGAGUUGGAAGAAGAAAACCAUGUACGAGUCGGAGUGCCACAAGUUCAUGGAUCCGGUGAAGUUCUACCGGCAGAAGAGCGGACCGGCCGUGUCCAUCGCCACCGGCUGGUGCGUGAUCCGCGUGGACGCCGACGACCACGUGGCCUACGUCAAGACGCUGUGCGGCGAGCAGCCGAUAUACUACGAGCGGUGUCUCAUUGCGCCGGGCUCGAAGCCGAAACUACUGUCGAUGUUCAAAUCGGCCCCAAAACCUGUGCGGGAUCGCGUCUGCACUCUGCGCACCAUCCGAGACCUGGAGGUGGCGUAUCGGAGCGUCAAGUCGGCCAAGCACGUGGUGGUCAUCGGCGGCGGGCCGCUCGGCUGCGAGCUGGCCUGGCAUUUGGGCAGGAUGAACAAACUGGACAAGGAACUCGACCCUGACAAGGAGCCCAUUAAGAUUAUACAUCUGUAUAAAGACAAGGGCAUAAUGGCGGGCGUCCUGCCGGAGUACCUUGGCGAGUGGGCCGCGGAGAAGAUUAAAAACGAAGGGGUCGUGGUCAAGCCAAAGACCCAGGUAUAUGACGCCUACCAGUCCUCAGAUGGACGGCUGGAAUUGACGCUUUCUGAUGGGUCUUCUAUAGUCACAGAUUAUGCCUUUGUGGCGGUGGGGGCUGAGCCCCGAGUGGAGUUAGCGAAGCCCUCAUUUCUGGAAGUGGACGAGGUGAACGGUGGCUUCCUGGUCAACACGGAGCUGGAGGCGAGAACCCACCUCUAUGUCGCGGGCGAUGCGGCCAGCCUGUACUCGCAGUGGAAGGACACCCGCCUGCGAAUGGACCACUACCUGAACGCCGUCGAGCAGGGCUACGUGGCUGGCGCGAACAUGACCGGCUACUGGGCGGCCAGCAACAUGGAGCCGCACUACUGGCUGAAGCUCGAGGACGAGCUGCAGAUGGAGGUGGUUGGCGAGGUGGGGGCGUGUAUGCCCACUAUUGGCAUCUUCAAGCAGUGCGCCUCCGACGAGGCUGCCAAGCAGACGCAAGCGGCCGAGAGUGGCGGCGGUGACAGGCCAUGCUACAAAAGGACCGAAGAGUAUAAGAACAGAUAUCUUCGAGGAAUGCUGAUGUACAUGCGCGACGACACCGUGGUGGGAUUUGUGUUCUGGAACAUGCCACCGAUCGAGGAUAGGAGCGCCGUUGCCACCGAGAUAUUGCGCGCAAAGCCAUCUUAUAAGGACAUCGAUACGCUAGCUGAUCUGCUCGGAUUUGUUGGCACAAAAUGCAUCUACAGGGAGGAUGAGAAACUGAUCGAGCCGGGGCCUUGUAUCAAGAAGUCCCGAUCACCCGUUUCCAAGAAAAUCGGUGGUGACACACGGACAGACAGACGGAAAAAGGAUCUUAUAAGCAAAAAGAAGAAGAUUAAAUGUCACGAUAUGGUGUUUGAUAACACCUCGAGGGACGCUGUUCCUAAAAGGGGUUAUUACUCCGAGCUCGUAUCGGAUAUGAUGAAAGAGGAACCGUCUAGAGAAAUGUGCGCUAAGAAGAGGAUGAAGCUGAUUUUACAGCAAUUCCCCUUCGAAACGUUCGUCCCCAAGUUGCAGUUUUUGAGUGUCGUGCUUCCGAAGGAGAUGCCGAGACUGGUGAAAAUCGAGAGGUUGCGCAGGAAGUUUCUUUCGGCCAAUAUAAAGAAAAUGCUCCGUGAGCUGGGCAUACAGCCUUACUGGCUAAUACCGCCGUCGGAGUAUCCGAUCUCCGAUACGACACGCUACGGCCUGUACAGCCCCUACCCCAAGUUGGAUUUGGAGAUUUUCGACAAUACGGACUUCGAUUGCCGUGAGGAAAAUGCAGACGAUUCUAAUGACAUCACCAGGAUCCCCGAGGAAUGGUUAGCAUUAGGUGACAUCGAUGGUGAGCGCCAUCCGUGUCCCGGGCUGGCAUUUGUCCCCAAAGAGGAGGGCUCCAACCGACCCGUGGUGGAUGUUAUACAGAUGCUCAAUAAUCUUUACGAGUGGACUAACGUGGCUAUAUUUAGCUACGAUAAGAGAACUGACAAGUGGGAGGUGAUGACCUUGGAUGGCUUGAAGAGACGGUUCAACAUUCCGCGUAUCCGGCUGAUGUUUAAGGCGGACGAUCCCGAAACGUUCGCACAACGUGUCAAGUUUGCUGUGGAUCUGCGCGAUGAAGUUGAGAAUAAUCUUAGGUUCUACUUGUACCUGGAUUGCCUAAUAUUGCACGGGUUGCCGCGAAUGCCGCUGCACUACAUGCCAAAGAUAUUAAAGAUGGUCCGGAUUCACAAGCAGGCCAAGGAGCUGGACGAGGGACAUUUGGCGGAGCUCAAAAUGGAGGCGGAGUUGCUAUAUAGGAAGAUGGAGGGAAAGAUGAAAAUGAUCUACAUGAUACAGAAAUAUCCAAAUAUGUAUAACUUUAUUCGAGCUCCGUCGAAGGAGAAGGAGCCUCCAGUACCCGAAUAUGGGAGGCUGCCGUGUGAUAUGGAGGACUUCGUAGGACGUGUGAAGUACAAUCAAUGGUACUCUCUCUACGUUCUCACGGAGUCUAUUUCGUGCAUCCAUCUUGUCGUCGAGGAGUGUCUCAAGUAUGCUCUACGCCACUGCAUCGAGCAGUCGAUGCAGAUGUUCGUGACUCUGUGCGAGACGCCUUGCCUCUGCACUUACGUUUGCGAGGAUGACUACGUGUGGGACUCCAGCGACCUCAUAAACUCACCGUUCCGCUCGCACGCGCCGACCCUCUUCUACUUCCACCUCAUGAUGAAUGAGAACGGCCCCUACUACACUACGCCACCGGAACAGUUCGAGGUCAGA